GCUUGGGGCCCUGCUUGGCGUCGUGGCUGGUUUCAAAUUCCUGGAUCGAUUUGGGAGUCCUGAGCUUUCCAAGCACAAGCAAGCGCAAUUGAGGACAGGGGCGCCCGCUCAGAUCCAAUUUGAUUUGGCAAGGGGGCGUGAGGUUUUGGGUUCGAGGAUGGAGGCGGUAUCGGUUGCCAGCCGGUUGCCUCUGGCGGGGGCAGCCUUGCGAAGUGCCUCCACGCUCCAGCACCCAAGGAGCAGAUCUAGCGCUAUCGCCCCGGUGCCUAUCCAUGCACGCAUCAAGAAAGAACAUGCUCCCCUUGCUGGGGCUAUGCAUAGAUCACAACCUCUGCACAGGAGCUGCAAUUCCCCUAGCUUGGGGGCGUUCUCGGCCUCCAGCGCGCCGGUCAGGCGGUUCAGGCGCGAUGCUCCGGUUCGCGCAUCUGCUGCUGCAGCAGCAGCGGGAGAUGAGAACGAGCCAGAGGUGCUUGCUGUUCCAUUCACAGCGGCCGCCCCGGCAGCACCUGUUAAGAAGUUUUUGGGGACGGAGGUCACGACCCUCAAGAAAGUCAUCCCCCUGGGGCUGAUGUUUUUCUGCAUCCUUUUCAACUAUACAAUUCUGAGAGACACAAAGGAUGUGCUGGUGGUUACGGCACCAGGUAGCGGAGCCGAGAUCAUUCCCUUCCUCAAGACCUGGGUCAACCUCCCCGCAGCCAUUGGGUUUGCCAUCCUGUAUGCAGACCUUGCCAACAAGCUGACCAAGGAGACCCUGUUCUACACUUGCAUCAUCCCCUUCAUCGCCUUUUUCGGGGCGUUUGCAUUCAUCAUGUAUCCGUUGAGGGAUGUACUUCACCCGACUGCCUUCGUUGACGGCAUCCUGGCGUCGGUCGGUCCCGUUUGGGCGCCGCGUCUGUCUGCACCCCUCUCAAUCCUGAGGAAUUGGACGUUCUGCGUCUUCUAUGUUGCGGCGGAGUUGUGGGGGAGCGUGGUUGUAUCAGUGCUCUUCUGGGGCUUUGCAAACCAGAUCAUGGUUGUUGAUGAGGCCAGCCAGUGGUACCCGCUUUUCGGCCUGGGGGCGAACGUUGCGCUCGUUGUCUCUGGCCGUGUGGUCAAGUACUUCUCCAAUGUGCGGGCCACCUUGAAACCUGGUGUCGAUGGCUGGGCGCUGUCGCUUAGGUACAUGAUGGGCCUCGUUGUUAUCAUGGGCCUGGUCAUCACUGGCAUCUAUGCUUUCACCAACAAGGUGUUGCUGAAGGACCCCAACGUCAAGCUGCCUACUGGAAGCAAGAAGAAGAAGGAGAAGACGAAGCUGGGCUUUGGCGAGAGCGUGAAGUUCCUGCUCGACUCGAGGUACAUCCGCGACCUGGCGUGCCUGGUGGUGGCAUACGGCAUCAGCAUUAACUUGGUGGAGGUUACAUGGAAGAGCAAGAUCAAGGCACAGUUCCCCAACCCCAACGACUACUCCGCCUUCAUGGGCGACUUCUCGUCCGCGACCGGCGCCGUCACCUUCGGCAUGAUGCUCCUCUCGCGCGUCAUCUUCCGCAAGUUCGGCUGGGGCGUCGCCGCCCAGAUCACGCCCGUCGUGCUUCUCAUCACAGGUGUCGCCUUCUUCGGGCUGCUGCUCUUCGGCGGGCCGAUCGCGCCGUGGCUCGCGUCGGUCGGGAUGACCCCCCUGCUCGCUGCGGUGUACGUCGGCGCGCUACAGAACAUCUUCUCCAAGUCCGCCAAGUACUCGCUGUUCGACCCGUGCAAGGAGAUGGCCUAUAUCCCGCUGGACGACGAGACCAAGGUCAAGGGCAAGGCCGCCAUUGACGUCGUGUGCAACCCCAUGGGCAAGUCCGGCGGUGCCGCGAUCCAGCAGGUGCUGAUCAUCGUCUUCGGGUCCCUCGCCAACUCCACCCCCUACCUAGGCGUCAUUCUGCUGGGCAUCGUGUGUCUCUGGAUCGUUGCGGCCCGCUCGCUCGACAGCCAGUUCAAGCCCAUGGUCCACAAGGGCAUCAAGACGCAGAUCUCGGAGGGCAAGCUGGAGGCGCUCUCAGCGCGUCUUUUGGGGCAGAGCCGGGGCCGGCAGCAGAGGAGCCACCGCUUCGUCAGCGUGCUCAACGAGCAAGGGUACAUCGAGGGCAGGUACGUUCCCAUUGAUGACGACAGCAGGGCCACCAGCAAGACCGUUCCGGCCCCCGUCUCCCCUCAGAACGGCAAUGGGCCGGUUUCUCCAACGGACGUGGUCGGAGCGACUCCGACUACUCCUGUAGGGUCAACGUAGGCGCUAGAGCAAAGCCCAUACGGUGAUUGAGGAACGGAGAGUGGUUUUUCUCCGGGGAGGUUGUACGGGAUGUUGGAGGUGAGGGAAAUUGCGGGGCGCUGAGGAAAGAUUUGGGGCGUGGUAGUCUUGGACGAGGUAGUAUCGGCUGAGAUGGAACGGGUGGAUAUAGAUUUGGGGUGUUGCGGAAGUAGACGAAUUAGAGCUGAGGAAGGUCCAAGAGCUUGACGUUUUACAGGGCAGUUGGCCUUGACUGGUUUACAAUCAGUGUGAUCAAGUUUCUUGUGUCGUUUAUUAUUGGAUUUCAAUCCAGCACUUACUAGGACGUGGGCUAGCAAAGAUGGCUUGCAUUAGAGAGGUGUUACAGGGCAUGUUGAAAUACGACCACUGGUGCCGCUAAUAAACGUUCUGCUGACAUCGUUUGCUUAUUUAGGAUUUGCAAACCGUUGCUCUCAUCAGUUUUUCAAACAUAUCAUUGUGAACCGGAACCCAGCUAUGUAGCAUGCUUCGAAAAGCAGGACAUCGCCAUACUGGACUCAUCCACGUGAAAGAAGCUCUGUAAAUGUCGAUAUACGAAUUCAGUCGGCCUAUUCAAUGCGGAGUCGCACAAAGAGGAC